AUGAAAGUUCUAGACUUCAUGAGGAUUGUCUCUGCCUUACUGCUGGAGACAUCUAUUAUAUUUAUAUCUGACAACUUACCCACACUUUCAGCUGCAGUUAUAGGCAUUUAAUCCUUCUUAGAGCCUUUUGAAUGGUGCCACACAUCAAUCCCAGCAUUACCAUAGGAUCUAUUAGAGAUUACAGGAGCUCCAACACCAUUCAUUGUAGGCAUUCUAAGAUCUCAAGAGUAAUCAAUAGAAUGGUCUGAAAUUACUAACUAAUGUUUGCUUGUUGAUUUCAAAGAUGACAUGAAUUAGGUUGAGAUUACUGAAAGUGGAGGCAGUUUCAAUUAACCUUACUUCCAUUCUCUUGUUGACUAUUUGGCACCAUGUUUUGAUUAAAUCAAUACUGGCAGGAACUCUGAGCCAGUUGAGAUAGAGACCAUAAGUAAGCAUAUAAACAGAAUAGCAAUGCUUUUGAAAUAUUCUCUGAAGGUUUUCAUAAUCAAUUUAUUGCCCAUUGAUAUUUUGACUUAGAAAGUGAAGCUUGCAUCUGUUGAAGAUGUUAAAUAGCUAAUCUUAUCAAGAUGUGAUGAAUAUGACAGAGUUUUCUUAUAGCAAUUAGUUGAGACCCAAAUGUUCACUUAUUUUGUUGAUGGAAAGUACACUCUUAAAUAAGAGGAUUGA